UCAAAGGAAAACUCCCUAGUUUUAUUAUUUAUGGAUGUUGAUUUACAUGUAGGGAUGUGAUUAUAGAUUGAGAUUAUUUAUAAUUUAGGAUAUAACUCGCUGCCUUGGAGCAGUUUGGUUUGUGCUGACUGAAGAUGGAAGUGACUCUUGAAAAUUCGAUGGAGGAGUCAUGCGGCGAUAUCGACGUGGAACCUGCAAGUACAAGAUUUCCUCGAAGACAGACCACAAAGCUAAAGAAAUUCUGCGCUAAAGAGGAAAGGAAUGCCUCAAUUAAAAGGGUGUCGCUUAUCUUGCAAAAGUCAGAAAAUUUGCGAACGACCGAGGAGGCACAAAUGUUGAGUCAGUGUUCCGAAGCCGUAGAGGAGGUACAGCUCAGGUGGAAGAAACGCAACGAAGCUAAACGUCGGCUGGAGGAAUUCGAAGAGCCCCAACAAACGCUCCAAGAAAAGUGUCAAAUAUUAGCUCAGGCCAUUGCACAAUCGCAACAUUUAGUUGUUUACACCGGUGCCGGUAUUAGUACCGCGGCUAGGAUUCCAGAUUAUAGGGGGCCUAACGGGAUUUGGACACGGCUACAGCAAGGCAAAGAGAUUGGGAAUCACGAUUUAAGCUUAGCAGAGCCGACCUUCACCCACAUGGCUUUAUCAAAAUUGUACCACAGCAACAUUUUAAAGUAUGUCGUCUCACAGAAUUGUGACGGCUUACAUCUUCGCUCAGGUCUUCCCCGUAACGCGUUAUCCGAACUGCACGGCAAUAUGUACGUUGAAGUAUGUAAAUCGUGUAAACCGGCCAAGGAGUACUGGCGGAUGUUCGACGUGACCGAGAAUACAGCGCGGUACGCUCACAAGACUAUGCGCCGGUGUUACGUGUGUAACGAGCCUCUUGUCGAUACAAUCGUGCACUUUGGCGAAAGGGGCAUUCUGCAGUGGCCUUUAAAUUGGUCCGGUGCAUCGAAGAACGCCCAAAAGGCCACCACGAUCUUAUGCUUAGGGUCCAGUCUAAAAGUCUUAAAGCGUUAUCCGUGGCUGUGGCAGAUGGAUAAACCGGCUAAAAAACGUCCAAACUUAUACAUCGUUAACUUACAGUGGACACCGAAAGACGACUGUGCCAAUGUUAAAAUCCACGGGAAAUGCGACGAGGUUAUGAAGAUCGUUAUGAAUUCCUUGGGUAUGUCGGUGCCGGACUACGAUCGAUUUAAAGAUCCUAUUUUUUAUCACGCCACGCCUCUCUACGACGAGGAGUUGCAUACAACAAACCAGCCUGCCUUGAAAUCUGCCGACGAGGACAUGGGCUCCGUACAAUCAGCUAACUGUGAUAACGCAUGCAAUAUUCGCAGAAAUUUAGUUGAAAAUGUGCCAGUGAAGUUUAAUCAAAAACCGUUAAAAGAACAACAUUUUAAUAAGUGCAGCUUUUCCAUAGAUAGUAUUUUGGAACGUGAUUCAAUUGAAACUGAGAACAUUAAAGGCAUCUACAAUGACGUAGAUAUGUCGUCGCAUUUUGGCCUCUUGUUUCCCCAAAAUUAUCACGCCUUGGUCGCCUACUACCGUUUCACCGAGGCGAUUAUUUUACAAAAUCCCUUACUGAGCUAUCAGGACAUGUUUUACUACCCUUACCAAACCAGUUUCUUAUAUUCCGGUCUUCACAGCAUUAUCAACAACCCAUUCCCUUUAUCCACCGCCAACUUAAACAUCAAAUCAGAACCAAACGACACCAGGGUAUUUGACUGCAAACACUCAAAGAACGGAGAUAGCUUCAAGAAGCCGGCACCGGAACUGUUUGCGUGCCACUUCUGUAAUACUGAAUUCAAGACGGUGUCGUGUUUGUUCUACGUGAAAUCCAAUACCCUCAAGCAGGAGACGUUCAAGAAAACCCCAUGUUUUUGUUGCGACUAUUCCACGGACGAAGAUGACGAUUCAGUUAAGAAGGAGAAAAGUUCAGAUACAGAGAGAGAUGAGGGUGAAGUGGACAAAGAUCAGACGAAAAUUAAAAUUCAAGCGGGUUGGUUCGGUAAAGGUUACCGAAAAAUAAAAAGGCCCAGAAAAAGAUAAUGAUAGUAUUAAAACCAGUAUUAAGCUCGGAAAUUUUCGGAAUGCAAUUUAUUUUUCUUAAAAAAAUCGUCGCAUUUCGAAAGUUGAACUUUUAGUAUUAUUUAUCACAUCACAUUCACUUCAUUUUAUUUAUUUUUUAAAAUCAUUGUAAUUGACAUGUAAAAUGUGCUCGGUUCUGUUGAAAAGAAUAAAGUACGUAAUAAUUUUA